GUACGCGCGACGCCCUCCUGUACGUGUGGGUCGACACGUGCUGCAUCGACAAGACGAGCAGCGCCGAGCUCUCCGAGGCCAUCAACUCCAUGUUUGCCUGGUACCGCGACGCCCAGGUCUGCUACGUCUACCUGUCGGACCUGGACCCCGGCACUGCGGAUGACCUCGUGCGGGACCUGCCCGCCUGUCGUUGGUUCACGCGCGGCUGGACCCUGCAGGAGUUGGUCGCGCCGUGGAGCGUGCUGUUCUUCGACAGUCAGUGGAAUUACCGCGGCAGCAAGAGGGAGCUCGCCGGGCUCCUCAGCAGCAUCACGAAUAUCCCCGUGGCGGUGCUUCGGCAUGAAGCGGAAUUGUCCGACUUUGCCGUGGCUCGAAGGAUGUCUUGGGCCGCCAACAGGGAAACAACACGAGUGGAGGACAUGGCGUAUUGCCUGCUGGGCAUCUUUGACGUCAACCUAUCCCUCAUCUACGGCGAGGGUAACAAGGCGUUUGCUCGCCUCCAGGCCGCUAUUAUCCAAACUACGGCCGACUUGAGCAUUUUUGCGUGGGUUGAGGACUCCGACGUUUCCCUUGAGUAUGCGGGUAUUCUGGCCAACCGCCCCGCCCAAUUUGCUCAGUGUAGGGAAAUGGAAGCGGCGGUGGGAGACUCGGCAUACGCCAACUUUACCAUGACCACGAGAGGGAUACAAACGGACGCCAGCCUGCUUCCGGUUUUGGAACGCGGAGGUGCGCCAUCGAUUGUUGCCCUGGAUACCCGUUGCCGUAUUGACGGUAGUGUGAUUGGGGUAUUUGUCCGCAAGAUUGGCGGCAGCCUGUAUGCCAGAGCCAGACCUGAUACGCUCUUUAGGGCGGGCCCGGAUGCUGUUGGUUCGCAACGUCUGCUCGUCGAAACGCUUACUCUAGCUACCAAGCUCCCCACGCGGUUUCCCUUCCAUCCGGGCCUCGAUCCUGUGCUGGGAAACAGGUGCUCGGCCCUCCACGUCGGGUGGGGGCCGCUUGUAGCAUGGGAUACUCAACACAUGCCUGGAAGCCACUUCGACACGGAGCACGGGGUCUUUUUUGCAUGUGACCCCGGCACCAAAGGCUGGUGCGCGUAUAUCAUAAAAGGGACCCUUCCCGGCGGCUCUGUUCCGGGACUCGUAAGCGAGGGGGCGUAUCUGAAGUUGUUCUUUGCUUGCUUCGAAUGGAACACCGAGUCGCCGGUUGUUGUGUUGGCGAGUCUGAACUCCGAGGACUCCGCAACGGGAAUGCUCAUAGAGUCGCUCUUGAUGUCGCAGCUAGACCAUGUGAGGUUCGAGAGCUGCCGGCGCGCGAAGAACCUUGUCUCUGGCGUGUUUAGAGAUAGCCUCGUGGAUAUGGGAACGGUGCGGACUGGUUUCGGUUCAGUACGACUUUAUGAAGGAUCGAGAGCUUGGACUCGGUUGCAUCCCCGGUUUCAAGUGAAGCUAAAUAGCUGGAAGGAGCUGAGGCCCGAUUUCUGCGUUAACCCUACCAUGGGUUUCGACCUCUCCUUUAUAGUUGAUGGCGGUGUGGGAAGUAACCCGCGUUCAAGCGGACCCCUCAAAAGUGCAAGACUCAGUACAGUAGAGUUUUGAAUCUGAUUGGGUUCCCCGUGAGAUCAAUAAUCCACUUGUGACGAGACGCAGUCACGGCUUCAUAUCUUUUUAUGUCG